ACCAACAUAGGCUCUAUCCUAGCAGCUGUGAACCCCUACAAGCAGAUCCCAGGUCUGUAUGACCCAGCAGCAGUAGACCUGUAUAGUAGACACCACCUGGGAGAGCUGCCCCCUCAUAUCUUCGCUGUGGCCAACGAGUGUUACCGCUGUCUCUGGAAGAGACAUGACAGUCAGUGUGUUCUCAUCAGUGGAGAGUCGGGAGCAGGGAAGACCGAGAGUACCAAGCUGCUGCUCCAGUUCCUGUCUGUGAUGUCACAGAACUCAGCCGGGACAGCCCACACUGAGAGGAGCACCCGUGUGGAGCAGGCCAUUAUCCAGAGCAGGUAA